AUGGUCGCGGGCAGCAACGCCGAGGUGCUCGCGCUUCGGGUGCGAACCCUGGAGAAGUACAAACACAACUAUGAGCUGUUGUGCAGUCAGUUGGGCGAACUCAAUACCCAAGUCAGUCUGCAGCUGCAGCGGCAUGAAAUGGACGUUGCAGCACAACAGACAAUCAUUCGAUCUCUGGAAAAGGACAAGGCAGAGCUUCUCACUAAGGUGGCUGAAUGCGAAGCCAAAGUAGAGACCCACGUGAUGGUCUUGAAGCAAGACAAGGAGUACACCGAAUGCAUCCACCAGCAGCUCACAACUGCGACGGAGUUGCUCAAGACGACCGAACGAAACCACGCCGAGCGAGAGCGUGAAACAGCUGCCAAAUUACAAUUCAUGCAGCACCAGUUAAACGUCGAGGCGAAUGAGAAGAGUGUUCUCCAGCGCGCGCUAGCCCUUGCAGAAGAGAAAUUACGCCAACCACCGCCACCACCACAGCUUCCACCCAUGGCCCCGAUGCCACAACCACUUGCGCCAACCUUCGAAGCUGAAUAUCAAACGUUGGUUAAAGAACACAAGAAACUUAAGCGCCGACUUGAUGAGCAACAGAGCACCAUCCACACCAUGCAAGGGCAGCUGAAGUGCGCAAACGACGAGCGGGAUCGAUUAGCUCACGAGCUCGAAUCGGCCCGGCACCAUCACACAGCCCAGCUCGCGCCAUUACAGCAAGAAUUAGUUCAUCUUCGAGCAGUCCAUGACGAAACCAAGGCGCACGCACAAGCCCUGGAGUGCCAACUCGACCAAGUUGAACUGCAGAAGCAAAAAUGGAAGAGUGGGCAUGACAAACGCCUUUGGGAGUGUGAAGUGGCGGCUGACGCACUCAAAACACAGCACCAAGCUUGCCUUGACGAGAGAAACAAGACCAUCAAGGCUUUGGAGCUCAAGGUGCGCGAGGUCAAAGGCCGAUGGAAGGCCGACCGCGACAAAUUGAAAGCCCAGAGGGACGCUAUCAAGAGUGACUGUGCUACAGCCAUGCGAACACUACAGGGCGAGCUGCAUGAGUACCAGGCUCAGAGUACGUUAGCCCAGCAGAAGAAUGUUCUGUUGACACAAGAGCUCCACACGUUGCAAGAAGUGCUGGCUCAGAUCCAAGCCAUGGAAGAUAACGAGCGCGAUUCGUUGGUCGGAAGAGCUCGUCAGCGGGUGCUCUCCGACCGCCAUAUCUUGGAGGCUGCAAUUCGUGACCACGUGAACAAGAACCAAGCCCCAUUGUCCACAGCACCCACGUCUUCGUCAACGUGGUCUUAUGCACGAUAA